AUGGCCUCUCUGUGGCUAAUUACAAUCCUCAUAGUCUGUGUACAUGCCCUUCGAGUCAAGAAGAGUCGAGAAUUCCCGUUAGGAUCUGAGAUCGAAAAUCUCGCAGUCAGGCCGUCGGGAUCCGUUUUAGCAGUAGUCUACACAUUCCCUCGCGUCUAUGAAGUGGCACCUGUUGCAAAUGCCGAACCAAAGCUUUUGCACACAUUCGACAACACCCAUGGCGUUUCCAGCAUUGCCAAAUCACCAGACUCGGAUGAAUAUUUCCUCAUCACCGGCAACUUCUCUUUCCAGACUCUGAGUCCGACACCUGGCUCAUACGCAAUCCACAAACUGUCAUUUGACAAGUGCGACAAGCCGGUUGUCAAGGAACUAGCAUCAUUGGACGCAGUCUCUCAACCUAAUGGGAUAAUUGCCGUCCCCGGGACGUCCUAUGUUCUGAUCGCAGACACGCGUGACGGAUUAAUUUACCGUUUCGACACCAAGACUCUCCAAUUGGGCGUCUACUACGAUGACCCCAUACUGAAACCUGGCACGACCACCGGCAUCGUAUUCGGCGUCAAUGGCAUCAAACUCUCGAGAGGAUACCUUUAUUUCAGCAACACCAACCAACAAUUAGUUGCCCGCAUCCGAGCUUCCGGGAGGGAAGACAUUCUUCACGGAACCGCGGAAAUCGUGGCAACCCAAACUCCGAUUGAUGAUUUCAUUGUCAACAGAUAUAAUGGCGACGUCUACCUUGCCGAACUUGGUGGCAACGCUCUCGGCCUUGUCCGAAACGGGUCAAAUAGCACCGUUCCGGAGACCCUUCUCGGCGGCAUCAACAGCACAGCUCUCUUGGCGCCGACAUCAGUUGUUUGGGCGAAAGGUGCGGAAGGCCGAACUCUCGUCGUUUCAGAGACUGGUGGUUUCGAGCAAUUCGUAACACACAAUUACACAGGUGGUGGCAGGAUCAACAUUAUUCAUUUAGAGUAG